UUGCGUGCCGAACUAUUGUCGUUGAGACGAAAAGGAGCCCUAAAAAUUGGUGGGGUGAUUGGAAACGGUAGUGGUGGUAAUGUUGGUGGUGGACCAACAACGGCAACUGACGAAAUGUCAACAUCAUCCUCAUCUGCAAAUCAUCAACAGCAACAACACCUGCAAUAUCAACAACAGCAGCAGCAACAACAACAGCAAUUUCAAUUGGAACAAAACAAUCAUAAUUUACCCGCCCCUCCUCUGCUCCACGAAUCGAAUCGUCACUGUGCCCGCUGUAACACCGAACUGGGACGUAUAACAAAUCGUGGUGCUCCUUGUCGUGUCUGCAAGCUGCGAGUGUGCAAGGCCUGCCGAGAAUUUACCACAAGAACCACCGAUUGGGUUUGCGUAGUCUGCCACAAACAAAUGGAAAUUCAAGCAUCGAGCGGUGACUGGCUAAAAGGUUCAUGUGGUGCUGUCGAUCAUUUGGCCACUAGUGACGUUUUGCGUAAAAGUAUACGACGUUCUUGGACCAUAUCAAAUCCCGAGGACGAUCCCAAUAAUCCAAACGCUCAAAAUCCUGUGGCGGAUAAUCUUUAUCCACAGCAACAAAAUCUGAUUGAAGCUCAAUCGGCUGGCAGCUAUCCCACCUUAGAUGUACGCCACCAUCAGCACCACAAUCUUCCCCAGUCAAUACGCAAUCAUCCCAUUGUAAACUACAAUACGGGCAGUGCCAUUACCAUAGCUGGUGUCGGUGUUAGCCACAGUAAUAUCGGACCGGGCUAUCACGUGAACCCACAGCGUCGUGUCUUACGUCAAUCGACUCUACCCACAACUCUGCCCAAUAACGAACAGAAUCUAACUGGCAGUGGCAGCAAUUUGGAGAACUAUAACAGUGUCAAUCUGACAGCUCCCACAUCGCCACAUCAGAUGCAAAAGGGUCCCCUUUAUCCCAGCGCCUACAAUAGUGACGACAUCAUCAACAUUGAAACAAGCGAUUGUGAUAACUACGCACAACAAUUACAACAACAGCAACAACCAAUUCCAUCGGGACAAGUAACCCCAACGCAUCACCGUUUACAGGUGCGAAGACAAUCAACACUACCCGCAAAUCCAUGUCAACCACCAAUGUAUAUGUCAACAUCACCGAAUCGCGGUUACAGCCGCUCACCAGAACGCUCGCCGGGCGAACAACGAUAUCCGCCGUUCAUACGUCAAACCUCAUUCCCCUGUAACAUCAUGGAACCACCUGCACCAACAUCGGCGACCACAGCCACCUCAUCAUAUCCCUCACCCAUGCAUCGUGGCAAAAUAUUACCUUCGACGGGUAACUUCAAUCAAUAUGAUCAGCCACAGGCCACACAACCGGCACCCCUGGCUGAAGACUUGGAAUACAAUGCCCCCAGUAUGCCCAAGCCACGAAUGAUGCGCCAGGCGACUCUGCCUAAUCCUGAGCAACAUGUCAAACUGCUACCCACAUCACCGCCAAAGCGUCAAACAUCGCCACAAUAUCGACGCUCACCAGAAUUUAUGCGUCAACAGACUCUGCCCAAUCCGGAAUCGUUUACCAGCAGCAAUUCCCUAACAGUUCAGGCUGCCAACUCGGGAUCACAGAAUAAAUUCCUGCCCAUCUCACCGAGGCAGAAACAGAAUUUCCUCUUCCCAAAUGUCCAGAACCCUCGACAAUUUUUAUCCCAACAAAAUGUGCCAGCCGUGGGCGUGGCUGAGAUACCGGUUAGCACAACGGCCGAACACUAUUCCAGCAGUCAGAGUGUAAACAUCCAUCACUCUCGUGACCAUUCGAAAAUGAUCAAGGUUCGUAGUCACAGCAAUGAGGAGUACUCCAUUACCAAGUCACAUCAUCCGGAGUCGCGUCGUCUGUUACCCGAAAUACCCACCGCUAGUUCGCGCUCUAUGAGUCGCUCACCCAGUCGUUUGGUUAGACAGGACUGUCUGAAGGACCAACCGGCUUCGUCAGUUGGUCACGUCCCAGGCGAUGGACAUACACGCACAUUUGGCGAGGCUAAACAACAAUUUCAUCAAUUCCAAAAUGUUACCGAAGAAGACGACAAUCGUCCCGAGUAUGUGGACUAUUUUGGAGACAGUACCAGUAGCUUCCUCGAAGUGGAUGAGGUGCAGUAUGAAAAGAACUACAAUAGUGGAUUCAGUAGUGAACCUCGUAUUAUUUACAAUGAUGGUUCCGAUGACGGUAGCUAUCAGGGUUAUCAGAGGCCUAUUGUGCAUAGUGCUGAAAAUGUGUUGGUACCCGAUCAGGGUUAUGGCGGCUAUACAAAUAUGGCAUUGGGUCAGCAUACAUUUGGUGCCAAUUUAGGGGCAAAUGGUGUAUUGGGAGGAGCAGCAGCGGCUAGUAUUGGAGGUGGUGGUGGUGCACUACCACGUACUCCACUUAUGCAUAACCGUUUGAGACGACGCCAGUCGAGGGAUUUACAGGUGCAACAAGAAGAAUUUGCCCAAGUGGCAUCGUUGAAUGUACAGUCCUCUCAAAGUCCGGGUAUGUCACCACCAAAUGAGCCGACUUCAACAGAUGCGGUGACGGCGGAAAGCAAAUCUAGCGAAAGACCAAAACCGGAACAAAUGCGUUCAAUAUCAGAAGAUUCGGGAGCAAAUAAAUCAAAUGUACCCAAACCAGUUACACGUCGCUCUCUGUCCCACCCCGAAAAGGAGACCCAGGCAACUAAAAAGGUGGAACCUACCAAAAUACCGAGUCCUAAACCAUUGGCCGAUAUUCUCGAUAAGUCUAGACCCAUGACUAAAAUACCAACACCGCGUAGGCGAAAUAGUAAAGGGGUCGACGUCGAUGAAGGCGGCAUUUCAAAAUCCCAUUUAAACGAAAGAAAACAUUCCGAAUUAUCUACGAAACCGAAUAGAAACCAAAACGAUGACAAACAACAACAGCAACAAAUGAAUGAUUACAAUCUCGAUGCUGGUGGCAAUAAACAGCAGCAACAAAACAAUAUGGAACCAAACAAGGACGAUGCAGAACAGCAAAGAAGUAAAUCUCCCCGAGGAGGAGAAACACAGGAAGCAAACAAUGACACAAAAGAUUCGACAUCCAAUGACAAAACAGAAGAUGGCAAUGCUCAGCUGACAAAGACCCACACAACCACAUUGGGUGAACAGGAAAUUCAAAAUGCUGUCGAAGCAGCAGCAGUGAUAUUCAAGAAAGUAGUACUUCAACGUCGUCAGGAAAAGAAAGCAGCUGAGGAAGAUGCUUACGACACCAUGGAAACAUCAUCGGAAAUGGAAUUCAAAUCGAUUACCAUCAAUCAUGCCCAAUAUAAUAUGGAAGCCGAUGAGUUUAAAUUGGUUUUCAUCAAUUCGGCCGAUUCAUCAUCGUGUCGCGAUGAAGAUGAAUUUGAGGAUAGCAGUUCGACGACAUCGACUUCGUCGACCCACAACUGUAGUAGCAUAGCCAUAGAUGAUUGCGAUUGGGAUUAUUUUGAACCGUCGAUGAUCAGUACCAGUAUUACAAAACAUGUCCUGUAUUCGCCGUGUGGUUCGCCACUGGUGACACGUCGCAGACAUUCACGUGAUUUAAAAUCCAGUGAUAGUACUGCCUCUCCCAUGGAAUCACCGCUAAUGUAUCGCAAACAGUUGUUGUUUUGCCCACGUGUCAGGGAAAGCGAUACAGGAACCGACGAAGAACUCCUUAUGCAAGGUGAAAGCUCCAGCUCUGAUGGCUAUCUGACGCGAUCAUCAACAUCUGCAGCCCGUACCCAACAUCAAAUGAGCAUGAAAACACGUAUUAAGACACGAUUCUUAAGCAAGGAACAACAUCAUCAGAAACACCAUCGCCUUAGUUCACCACGAAAUAGCCAAAUGACCGAUGCCUGCAGCUGUGGCGCUGCAAAAAGCAAUCAGUCCAGAAAUGAAACGGUUCAGCAAAGUCCUACGACAAUGCAACCUCAAUAUGUGCCAAUACCGGUGCCGGUACCCAUACCGGUUCCCAUGUCAGCCUAUCCGUAUUGGAAUGCCAAUGAAUUGGCACCGCAAAUUCCACCUGGCCUACUAGCCGAAGACACCGACCAAAAGGAUCUGUGUGCCUCACUACAAAAACUAUGGUGUUCGGCACAAAAUAACCUACCCAAUCCUAAUGUGGUGAGUACGAACAAUUUGCAGGCGGCAGCAGCCGCCGCCGUGGCAGCUACCUAUCAAAAACUGGCAGGUCACGGCAGUGGUGGCAAAGGUGUUGCAGGCUUUAAGUCAUCCGCACCCGAUUUAAGUUCAUCCACCUACUCACUGGUGGGUAUGACACAAUCGCACUGUUCCACCUCUUCCGGCUAUGGAACGAACACCACAACCGGUGGCAGCUUGGAAACCUUAUUGAAUGUUGAAAAGCUUACAGCUGCUGGUGCAAAUGGCCAACACCACAACCACCACCACCAGCUGAACAACCACCAUCGUUCUCAAUCGACUGAUAAAACAUAUGUUGUUGGUAAACGCCAUUCACUACUAUCUAUGGCACCACCACCACUAGCACAACAACACAUGGACGAAGACCAAAAUAACCACCACCAGCAGCACCACGAAUACUACGAUGGAUACCAAAGUCUGACAGUCCAACAUGAAUGCGGUGAUGGUAUCGAUGACUCUGGCCUCAAGUGUAUGCCAGCUCUGAAUUGCUCAGCAUUGUCAGUUGACGAUAUACCUUCGUUGAUUUCAAGUCGUGUUUCAGCUCCAGACGUGACGGAACAAACAAACGGUAGCGACGACGAUCAAACCCUUUCGGACACCACCCAAAACGCCGUUCAACGCGAAUUCGGUCAAUUCGGUGACAAAAUAUCGGUAAUUAGUGAAGUGAGCGAGGUCCACCCGGAGUCGGGCGCCAAUAGAAAUAUAAAUUGUGAAACUGAAGUUGCAAAAAUUAGUGCAACUUUUGUGAAUGAAAUUGGGCAGACAACGGCGAAUAGUUGUAGUACCACCACCACGACCAACAACAACAACUGCGGCAAAGACCAAAAAAUACUCACCACAGCUAACAAGGCAAUAAUAGCUUUGGCCAAUACAGAGAGCAUUGAGAGUCACAAACAGCUGUUGUUGUUGUCGUCGUCGAACAAAACAAACGAUGAAAAGAGCGAAUCCACAACAACAACAACCGCACUACCCUCUGAGGCAGGAGGAACUUUCGACAAUGAAACACAAACAUUGCUCUCUCAUGAUCCGAAACGGAAACGAGGUGGCAAUGAAAAACCCAAUAAUGACGUUUCCGCUAACACCGAGCAAAACAAACCAUCGUCGUCAUCUGUCUGUCGUCGUAAUGACGUUUUGUGUAACCGAGAGAAUUAUGAAAAAGCUGUAAAGCCGGUAAAAACUUGUUCCACAGCCACUGUCGACCACAACAUCAAAUCUAUUUGCACAGAUGGUUUGGUGGCAACACUGAGCCAGAGUUACAGCACUGCAGUUGCAACAACAAAUGCAAAACCACCGCCGCCGCCGCCGUCCUCAUCAUCAUCAUCAACAACAACAACAACAUCAACCCCAACUGUGGUAAACACAACGAAUUUUGUACAACCGGCCAUAGUUGUUGGAAAAUCAACGAACACAACGGUAGUGCUGCCAACACGAGAAGACCUAGCAGCGGAGGUGGUCACAACAAAAUCAAUAUCUGAGGACAGGAAUUUAUCUACAACAAAGACAGCAACAACAGCAAAUAAAUAUAAAAACAUGAUAAAAUUGAGAGAUAAGCCAGCCGAAAACAAAGCAAAUUCCUCCGAUGGUGGCUAUUUGCAAAGUGAACGCCACGAACUUUCAAAUUCAUCUGCUUCCGAUUCCAGCGAUAAUUCGGAGGCCUCAUCGACAUCCCACAAUGAAGAUGCCGAAGAGAAUCAUUCAAAGAAGUCCACGAAAAAGAAACGCACUGCAAAACGCAUUCAAAGAAGUUAUAACAUUAUAGCCGAUUAUGAGGAGGGGCAGGAGGUCGAGGAAGAGGCUUCCGAGACAAGUGACAAGUCAUCCUCUUCAGAGGAUAAAUCAAAAAGUGAUAGUGACAAUGAAAUCAGUUCCCAGUCCAGUUCCGAAUCGGUAGAUACCGAUGAUACCGGUAAUGUUGCCGAUCGGAGGCCGCGCAAAAAACAUUUCUCCAAGGUCUUUGUCGUAAAUAGACGAUCGCGUAAUAAUCGCAACCUCGUUACGGGUAGUUGUAGUAGUGCCUCGUGUACAGAAUCCUCGUCGGAUGCCAAUCUGGAGGAUUCCUCGGAUAACGACACCGACACCGAAAGAACCCACUGCGGUGUGGUGUUGCGCUGUAUCAAACUGCUCAACGACGACGACCAGGGCUCGGAAUGCGAAAUCAAAGAAAUACGCGAUUCGUUGCAUGAAAGUGAUAGUUGUAGCGAUUCCAGUGUACACGAUUGUAAACGUGAUGCCGACGACGAUCUGCUGAUGUAUGGAGAAGGCGAUGGUGCCGCCACAGCAAGAUCUGGAAUGGCUGAUGACGACAACGACAAUGAUGACGAAAGUGAAUGUGUCAAUGAACAGAGUUCUAGCUCAGAUUUGGCCAAUUGCAUUUUUGUUGUUGGCGGCCAAACAGACGAUGAUAAUGGCGGUGUCGUACUGCAGGCAAUACGUACACUGGAACCAUUACCAGCACCUGCACCACCUGCCGAACAUUAUCACCACCCUGAUGAUAAUGAUCAUGGUGGCGGCGGCGGUGCUGGAGAAGGAGGAGGUGUUGGCAUAGUUAGCAAGAAAGUGGCAACAAACAAUAGUGAAAAUCAUCAUUGGCAGCCCCCAAGAGCAGCAGCAACAACAACUACAACUGCUGUCGAUGCAAGUGGAGCAAUUAAAAUCUCGCAUGAUGCGCAUAUAUGGACGAAUGCAUCAGUGAUUACGGCCAUGGAUAAUUCCAACGUCAUUUCCAAUGCUGAGGAUGUGUGCGAGGAACUGCAUAGCAUUUCCAAUGAUGUAAAUCGUUUAUUGGCCUUAACCAAACAGAAUUCAGAGUUGGAAAUCAAAUUGCAGAAGCUGAAGAGCGUUGUUAAAGAAAUCAAUCAGGAUCAUUUAACAACAGAAACCACAACAACACCAACUGCAACAACAACAGAAUAUAAAUCCAAUGACAAAUUACAGCCUGAAAGUGAAGGCAUUGCAAAGGUUUCCUCUGUCCGAAAUGGUGAACAGAAACAACAGGAAGAGAUGGGGGAUGGGGAGGAGGUCUUUUGCCAAGCCGUAGAGGCCUUAGAGGAAAAAUUGCUGAAUAUGCGUUCCAUGGUGGUGGUGGCUGCGGCGGCGUCGGCUGGCGAAACAACAACUAAAAAUAAACCCAAAACCGGUAAUGCAACACUUAUGACCAAAGAAAAACCAAGACAAAAUCCAGAACAAAACGACAACAGCAAAAUCCAGCAGCUAGAUGACGACAACACUGAAAACCUAGACAAGAAAUGUGAGAAGGAAAAAGUGGAAAUACCUGUCAAAUGGAAUAGCAACAACAACAUCAGCUCCGAAGAUAAAUUACUACUACAACAAACAGUUACAACCCCAGCAGCAACAACAAGAAAUGACCAUUUGGAUAGUUCUACUACUGCCACUACUAUGCUGGAUGUACACGAUACGUGUUCUGCUUCUUCUUCUGCCGUUCCCUCUUUGGUUAGUCAACGUGACAACGAAGAUUUCAAAGUUAACUACGUGCAUUACGAUAAUGACAAUGCCAACAAUCACGAUGAUGAUGUUGAUGAUGAGGAGAAUGAUAAUCAUGCAAUGGAAGAGGAUUGUGACGCACAUGCCGACGAAAAUGUAUGUGAAGCGAAGAAAAACCAAAACAAACCAACACCACAACGUGAUACCUGUAAACUCAAUGCAGAACAGGUACAGGUUAGACAACAGCCAGCUGGUGGUAUCGCCAGCACCAGCACAACGGUAGCUCAUGAAUUAAGCCAUAAACAACAAAGCGAUGGGGAAUGGGAAGAACACAACGACGAAGAAGAACCAGAACCCGUAAGCGGAGAAGAACAAGAAUCCAACCAAGCGUGCAAAACAAAUGAAAUGCUACGCGACUGUUAUUAUGUUACCCUACACCAUAACCACCAGCAGCAGCAACAGCAUAGUACGCCGCCCGUUUCCAGCAAUUUCACAGAAUAUUUUAUGGACUCAUUAGAGACGCCUACCAAUACCACGAUUAACACUAGUACAACAACUACUGCUGCCGCUAAUCUACCAUCAUCACCUCGAACAGGUAGUAUGAUCGGAGAGCCAAUAGAGCACAAACAGGUACUCGCUCCCAGAGAACCACUGUUGUUUACCUCUGAGGUGAGCACACCGAAAAUGUGCUCAGAGAUCACUAUGCCUUCGUUGGAUAAUGUCACGACGACGAUAAUGCGCGCAGAGACUCUGGCUCUGCAAGCAACAGUUGAAAAUGAAAUUUUAAGCGAGAAAGACGGUAGAAGUUACGAUCGGUUUGUUGACAUCGAAUACGAACAAUUCCACCACAAAAACAACAACAAUAGCAAAAUCUUUGGUGCGAUACGCAAAACAAAAGAGAAAAAAUCCACGUUUAUCGAUAGCCGCGGUAGUGAGGAGGAAGCACCCCCCAGUACAACAUUUGGCUAUUUUCGUAAACAACAAAUGAACGACGAAGACGACAACAACGAAUUGGACGCCGAAGAGUACGCUGACGUCGUCGACGACGACGACGAAGAGGACGUAUUCGGCUUCAAUAGCAUUAAAAAUACCACCAAAACUCUCAGAUCGACAAUCAAGAACACGGCCAAUGAUCUAGAUGCGGCUGGUGGCGCAACCAGUGCAAGUGAUUUGUAUCGCGAUACGCGAACGGGUAGACCCACAACGACAGUAUUAGCCUCGACCGCAUUAACACCACCCGCGAAAGCGACCAAAUAUCGCAGCACCCAUGUAAACAAUUCGCCAAAUACCCUCUCGGCCAAGUAUCGCAGUCUGAUAAUGAUUACGAAAGAUCAACAAGACGAAGAGCAAAACAAAAGUGCAAAUUUUGCCAGCCGUUCAAUAAAAGUCGCACCAAAUGUCGCGGCGACACGUGUCGGUGAAGAUAACGGCAACAUUAGUGAAAAAAGUGAAGUGCUAAAGCAAAUGUCAAAUAGAAUCACGCCAAGUGAUAUCGAUAUCGACCAAGAUAACAACAACACACAAAUAAAUAAUAACAAAAGUGAUAAUCUGAAUGAGUCAUCGGUAUUGGGUAAUUACCAACAAUCUAUGCAAGAAAAUCAAAAGCAACAACAACAACCACUGCAAUCUGACCACAAUCAGAAUAAAAAUGUUAAAAGUGAAGUGUUAGUGCCUGCGUCCGCGUUCGCGUUGACGUCCACGUCGCCUUCGUCAUCGGUCGAUUUACUUAAAGAUCAGCACAUCAUCGCCAAUGAUGACGCUGAGCGCGAUUUCGAUUCGUACGACUCGAAUGCCAAUGUUUUUUCGAUGACAAAUAGCGCGGAUCGUGAUGAGAAUAUUUUGGCAGGAUUAUCACCAAUUAAGAAAACCGUUUGUCUUGAAGACGGCUUGGCUGAUGACGACUCAUGGGUCGAGGAAUUGAGCGAACAUGGUGAGGAAGUUGGAACAGAAUUGAAAGUGCCCGAGGAACAAGAAGCAGAAGAGGAGGACGAUGAUGAAGAUGAUACUACACCCACGGCCACAGAUUCGGAAGAUGGCGAUGAUCCCCAUUCGAUGGGUAUGUUUAUGGAUCGGGAGGAGGAGUUGCGAGGCUACCAUCGUACCGCAAUCGAUUUCACCCUACACACCAUUGUCGAGGAGAGUUGUGAGGAAAGUGAAGUGGCAUCGCUUAGAAGUCACACGGAUGAAGAUGAUUUAGACGAUCUGGAACGUAAACGGCAGAAAACUCUCCAACAUCAUCAUCGUCUCUCUGCCUCAGAGCUGGAGAAAUAUUUCUUCUUUGGUCUGGGUGAUGGCACCGUGAUGAAUUCCAUUGAUACACGUGGUGAAGACACGGCCUCCGAUGUCAGCAGUGUUUACUCAGAGGGCCUAGACUCCUUGGGUGUACCCGAUGAACCUGUCAAUGAUGUUGGACAGGCUGCUGAUCUGGCCUCCUCCCGUCUGGAGAAAUACUUCCUCUCCGGUUUUAUGGGUUUCAAUGCCAACGAAAAGAAUGACUCCGAUGAAAGUGGCAGUGUUGGUAGUGACAGUGAAGGUCAUCCAAGUCCAAGUCAAAGAAGAAAACGUCUGUGGCGUGCUCGCACUACACCAAGAUCUCACAACUCUUCCCUGGAUAAUCUACUUAUGGACUCGCAAUCUAAUGAGAUGCUUGAAAAUACUCUAAUGCCCUCCAACAACAGUCAGGACAUGAUCGACUCUUCGGAAUCCGAAGCCUGUGAUGAAACUGUUCUACACAAUAGUAGUGCCAGUGAAAGAACUUCAGAGGGUACUGACACCAUGAAACGCAAGAAACAACUGAGAAAACGCCACGACUCCUUGGAUGAGAAGAAAUUACAGGAUCCCAAUCUCGGUACAGAGGACAGCAGCAAAGCAACUGCCUCCAACAUCGAAUGUCGUACACCCACCCCUGGUUCCAUGCAAAAUGCUCAAUCAAAGAAACAGCAACAUCACAGUAGGGACAGUGGUUUUGUUGGCAGCAAUGAUGAUUUGCUGAAAUCUCCAGAAAGUGAAAAUUCUCCCGCAUACGGGGUUCGUAACAAGUCGCCCAGUACACUGGAACAAAUAACAGAAGUAAAUGAAAAGAUUGUCGCACCCAUACCCACAGUUCGCCUCAGUGUGGCAAAUGACAAUAACAAUGCUUCCGCACCAUCCGACAGUGGUAGCAAAAAACUUAACAUGCCAUCUGCGACAUCCGCCGCCUCCUCUACAUCAUCCUGUAAUUUAGUACGCAAAGAUAGUUUCAACAAUUGGAGUUCUGACGAGGAAACCAAUCUGAUGAUGAGUAAAAUGCGUCAGUUCUUCAAGACCCUCGUCGUGGCCACGGCGAAUGCCCAACAACAGAACUCGGCCAGUAAUUCCAAAUCGACAACCCCCAAUCAGACUACACCCAUAUCGGUGCGUCGUAUGAAAUCUCGACCAGCCACUCUGGCCUAUUUUGAAAACGAGUUGACGCGUCUUAUGAAAACGGUGCCGGGCAUAAAUGAUGAACAGGUGCGCGAAAUCGUCGAAUACUUGAGUAGUGAAGAUACUUGGUCCGAUUCGUACGACUCGUCCGACUACACCAGCUCCGAUUUGGAGGGCAGUAGUCAGCGAAGAAGUGAACUGAAACAACAGAUAUCCGCCAGUUGUCAACAAAUCAUCAACAAGUUUGAGGUGGACGAAGAAGGAGAUCGUGGUGAUGGUGGUCUGUUGGACGAUGUCAGAACAGUAAAUCCCGAUACAGCCCUGGUGUAUCAAAAACUCGUGGCUUCCAUUUCAAAAAUGGCCAUUGAAAAUCCAUCCACAUCGUCCGGCAAUGUUGUUAUGGAUCAACCCAAAGCACCUGUUCCGACGACGGAAAGUGUUUUGGGUGGUGGUAGCACACGAUUAGGAGCAAUGGAAGAGGAUCGCAUCUCAACUGGCAGUACACGAAGCGCCGAAAGAUCUCCUCAGCUAUUUGCCCGAGUUAUGCAACACAUUGGCACACGCUUGGUUGCUCUGAUGCACGAAGUGAGCAGCGGCAAUGAUACACACGGUACCAACUCCCCCAUGCCAAUGCAGCGACACAACCAACACAAGCGUCUGCAGGCAAAAAUAUCCGCUACCACCACCGAAGAUGAAGAAGACACCCCAACCGAAGAUAGGUCCACUAGCAACGCUAGAACGUCGCAGUAUUUGCAUCCAUCACAUGCUUAUGCUCAACAACAACAGCAACUCUACUCCAGCACAUCGUCACGAACGGUUGGCUAUCCACAGGACGAUGCCUACAAUUUGGCACGUAGCAAAUCACACGACCUGUUGCUUGACUCAGCCUCUUCCUCGCUGACAGCAGCAAGUACCAACAGCACGGGCAGCAGCGGUGGCGGCAGCAAUGCAGCACAGCACACUACAGCCCACAACCGACCACAUCACCAUCAGUCCAGCAGCGGCGUUAGCGAUACCGCCGGCGAGGAGUGUGGCGUGGCCAGUGACUACGAGCGCUUUUCAUGGCGCGGCAGUUUUGAGUCGGCAUUACUGGCUAAUGGCGAUUCCAGAACUAAACUAUCUCAACUCGACCGUGACAACUCAUCGUCUGCGUCCGCUUUGGCCGUUGCAAAGCGUCGUUCUGCAGGUGACCUGUUGUUCAAUCAUAAAAGUCUGAGUCGUGAGCAAUUAGAUCGUGUGCGUUCCUGUGGCAGUAUCGGAGGUGGCGACGAACAUCAUCAUGUUCUCGAGUCAUCGCCAACGAAACCAUGGCUGUCGAAUUCCAAUGAUUCGAAGGAUGCCAGACGUUCCAGCGUUCCGGAUGCCAUUUACGAAACCGAUUCUUCAUCUUCGGAUGAUUGUGAACCGUUUGCGGGUACCCGCUCCACGUUGCCACGCAGUCUCAUUGGCGUGGCACAAAUGUCGACAACGAACUCAUUGCCUCGCCUACCAACCACCAAUACGGCAGCAGCAAGUGCGGGUGGCACCGUCACCAGCAGCUGCAGUACAUCGUUCAUAAGUCAGCUGGGUGCGCCGACCUCAAUAGCAAGUUCAACAUCAGCACUGCCCUCAGGUGUGUCAGCAACAUCGACCCCCAUUUCUUCGAAAUCGCAGAACUCGUUAAAUUUCACGCCCACCAAUGCCGGCAAUAACAGCAACAACAGUAAUAGUGCCAAGAGUGCACGCUAUCGUCCGGCUGGCCUAAAAUCGCACACAAAUUUCAGUUCAAUUAAUGUUAAGAAAUGUACGCAGGCACAUGCCCAACAGUUGCAGCAAUUCUUUAAUCCAAAGCGUGAUGCACGGAAACGUUUAAAUAUGUCCAUGGAGGAGGCCAAAGCUGCAGCCGAAGAGUUAAACCGCUCACCAGUAAUGGGUCAACGUAAUUACGAUCCCGCAUCUAGUCCAUUGCAAUCACGUGGCUCCGGUUCCAGCGAAAACUGGCCUCAGCAAUCCGAUGAAGAUAUUGAUCGUUUGGUGGCAAUGCAUCAGAAUCGCAGCAGUUUGAGUUCAUUGGGUUUGCGAUCCGAUUCCAUGGCCAGUGUCUAUUCGGGAGCUGGCGAGGGUCGUUAUGGUACAGUGGUGGUAAAGGGUCAAGUCGAAUUUGCCAUGCAAUACAAUUACAAAUUGGGAGCAUUGGAGAUACAUGUGGUACGCUGUAAAGAUUUGGCUGCUGUCGAUGCCAAACGCAAUCGCAGUGAUCCCUACGUUAAGGUUUAUUUAUUACCCGAUAAAUCUAAAGCUGGUAAACGCAAAACCAAAGUUAAGAAACAUACCUUGAAUCCCAUCUUCGAUGAAGUUCUACGUUUCCAUAUGCCCAUCUCAAGUUUAGAGUCACGUACUCUAUGGCUGACUGUUUGGCAUUCGGAUAUGUUUGGUCGCAAUGAUUUCCUGGGUGAAGUUAGUGUUAAUUUACAAGGCAGAGUAUUUGAUAAUCCCCAAUCACAGUGGUAUUUGCUACAAGAAAGGAGUGAACCUUUUGAUGAUGUUGCCACCUACAGAGGUGAUAUUGUGGUGGGCCUGAAAUAUGUACCCCCAGAGGGUGCUAAGACCAGUUUUAUGCGUUCCAGCACUUCCGGCUCAGGCGGUGGUUUACGUAAAUUUGGCAGCAUAAAAUCGGUGGCCAUUUCGAAAUCUGAUCGUUCAGCCAAAGGUGGCCAGCUACAUGUUUUAGUUAAGGAAGCCAAACAUUUGACUCCUAUUAAACCUAAUGGUACUUGUGAUGCUUUUUGUAAAAGUUAUUUAUUGCCAGAUCGCACCCGUAGUUCUAAGCAAAAGACACCCAUUGUUAAACGUUCCACAAAUCCCAGUUGGACCUACACAAUUGUUUAUGAGGAUGUGACAUUAGAAGAUUUGUCUGAACGAGCAUUAGAAUUGACCGUUUGGGAUCACGAUCGUUUGGCAAGCAAUGAAUUUUUGGGUGGUGUACGUUUUUCACUGGGAACUGGCAAAAGUUAUGGUCGUAUUGUCGAUUGGAUGGAUGCCUCGGGCAAAGAAUUAUCCCUGUGGCAAAACAUGUUGGAUCGUCCCAAUUUCUGGGUCGAAGGCAGUGUGGUUCUGAGAUCCUCACUGGACGGUAUGAGAGCCAUACCAUAAGGAUUGUAAUUUAA